AUGAUCAAGGCCAUCUACCCCGCCGGGAUAACAAAGACAUCCCCAAUUCUUGAUUAUAGAAGGGAAAACAAGAACUGUCCUUCCAAUCCUGAACAGAAAGUGGCACCGACGACCGUGGAGCUGUUGGGUCGAGGGCGAGAGGACGUCAUCGAGGUGAACGAGGGCGAGGAGAUCAACCUCGAGUGUAAGGUUGAGGACGCCAAGCCUGUCGCUGAGGUGAAGUGGUACAAGAAUAACCAGGAGAUACAUAUGGAUACACGUAUUGACGUUACGGAGGAGUCAGGGAAGCACCGUCGUCACAACCUCCUCUCUCGGAUAACACUGAGGCUCUCCCCGGCUGAUGACGGCUCCCACUACUCCUGUCACGCCCACCACCGCGCCCUCAGCACGCCCAUGCGAGCCUCAGUCAAGAUCUCAGUGCUAUAUCCUCCCGGGCCGCCAGUCAUCACAGGAUACACUAAGGGCGAGUCGAUCCGGGCGGGGGAGGAACGAACCCUCACCUGCAGAUCUCGUGGUGGUAAUCCUCUAGGUCACGUCGUCUGGUACCGUAACAACGAGAACAAAGACGGCACCGACCGCCCUGUAGGAGGUGAGAGUGUCAACGAGUACAAGUUCAUCGUGGAUUCUUCUGACAACGGCGCCGUCUACACCUGCGAAGUGAGAAACAAACUAACGGAGAAACCCCUCCUCGCCUCCGUCAAGUUAGAUGUUCAGUUUCUGCCAGACAAGAUGGAGGUCACGGGGGUGAAAGAGUCACGAGUCGGGGACAACGUCACCCUCACCUGCUUCGUGGAGAACAGUAACCCGCCCGCAGAGGUGUCGUGGGUGGUGGACGGUCAGCCCAGACCCGAGACGUCGACCCGUCAGGAACCAGCCGGCUCCGGCGGGUGGCACACCAUCAGCAAGCUCUCCCUCACAGUGCCACCCGUGGAGAGAGACAUGAGUUUCACGUGCCACGCCACCAACCAGGCACUCGGGGAGACUAAGGUCGACACCUUCAUCCUCUCCGUCCUCCGACCUCCGCAGGCACCGACCCUCCACGGGUAUAGUGAGGACGGCGGGAUCAGCGUUGGGAGCCAGCAAGGGAUCACCUGUGUUUCGAGGGGCGGCAACCCACCCGCUCACCUACAGUGGUAUCGUAAUGGACAGGCUAUCCCCUCUCAGAAGCACAGAGUCAACGAUGUGAGCACGGCAGAGAUCCAGAUCGUAGCUGAGCCCCAGGACAACGGGGCUCAGUACCGCUGCGAGGCCCACAACUCUGCCGCCGCGUCUCCAGUCAGUGUCUCCACCACCCUCGUCGUCAAGUUCCCCCCGGAGUCCGUCAAGAUCACCGCCAGUCCUCAGCGUCUUAGGGCGGGUACCCAAGCUACACUCACUUGCGAGGCAGGCCCGUCCAACCCCCCAGCCACUAUCAGUUGGCUCAGGGAGGGAUAUCAGAUGCCCGGCCGACUCCUGGAAACCUCACACACAGCUAAUGGUGGCAUGAAAGUCACCAACAUGCUGACACUCAACCUGACAGCAGCUGACGAUGGGCUGACCUACACGUGUCAGGCAGCCAACAGUGACCUCAACAAGAACGUUCGACAGUCCACUACGCUCCUCGUCAACUACGCCCCAACAUUCCUCUCCGACCCGCCUGAUCUGGUGGACGUAGUUGUCGGGGAGUCUGAGGUACUCAACCUGACGGCACGAGCCAACCCGGGCCCCGUGCAGUACGCGUGGACCCGCCACGGCCUCCCUUUACCUGACCCUGUCAUCGACGACUCCUGGAGACACGCCUACGCCCACGGCCCGAAAACGAUGGGCGGCACGGGCGGGUCCUAUGUGGCAGCGGACGGACCUCUGUUAUAUAUCAGGGGCGUGACGCUAGACGAUGCCGGAGACUACGAGCUGGAGGCCAGGAAUCAAGAGGGCACUACCAUCGCCAAGGUCUACCUCAACGUGCAGUAUCCACCCACUAUCAAGUACACGUCGGAGGUGAGGACAGUGUCGGAGGGCCAGGACGCGAGCCUGGAAUGCGCUGCCGACGGGAACCCCCUGACGGAGGACAUGAUGCAGUGGACGAGGGAAGACUACGACUUUACACGCACUGAGCAAACCUUCGGAGGGAAGAAAGCCGCACUCAAGGUGCUACGAGCCAACAGAAACGACACGGGCGUCUUCUCUUGCGUGGUCAACAACGGCAUCGGGAAGGUCGCCUUGGCCAACGUCACCCUGGUGGUCAAGACGAAGCCCCAGGUGGAACACUCACAGCUGCUGAACCGUGCGGCGGCGGAGCUAGGGAGGACAGGUCGCUUGCGGUGCUUGGCGGAGGGGGCGCCGGAGGUGAGCUUUUCCUGGAAGAGGGAAGGACUUCUUCUCUCUAACGGCGUCAGACCAGACAAGUACGGAAACGAGACCUCAAAGACGGGCCUCGUGUCAUGGGCUUCCACUUUCUUUAUCAAGAACGUGAACGAGCUUGACUACGGCAACUACGAGUGUGUGGCCGAGAAUGAGCUGGGAGCGUCGACCAUCAGCGUUCACUUCACCCCGCCUACACGCCCCGACCCGCCUCUCGCACUCAAGGUGUUAAAUACGACCCACGACUCUGCAACCCUCGCCUGGAUUCCGGGUUUCGACGGCGGCAAACCUCAGUACUUCCGACUCCGGUACCGGAGCAAGUCCUCCAGCUCGUACCAAUACCUCGACGUGUACGAGUUCGGAGUGUACACGUACACCGUGACGGGGCUCAGCCUGGGCACUGAGUACUACUUCUCCAUCAUGAGCUACAACGACGUGGGCGAGAGCGAGUACCGCGGGGAGUUCGUCCGGGCCACCACCCGCAGCGAGGCCCCUCCCACGCCCGUCCCAUCCUCCAAUGUGGGCAAGGAGGCCUCCAAGCUCCCCGGCCUUUGGGUCGUCAUCAUAGUGCUCGUUGCCACUGCAUUGCUUGCUCUCAACGUCUCUGCCAUUGUCUGUAUAGUUAGACGACGACGGAACAAGAGAGCCUCCCCGCCCACUAAGAAGACGCCUCCACCUUCCAUAUCAGCGUCUGCCAUGGCGAAGGCUCUGCCGCUCACGCCCACACAGGAGGGCAGCGACCAGGCCAGCAGUAAGAGCACCACCAACACCAUGUACGCCCCUUCCUCCUACAACGACACCGUGGUGGGCGAGACCCUCUCCUCCAUCUCCGAGAAGAGUCGAGAGUCCUACGCACAAGAGGACUCCGUGGUAGACUAUGAGGAGCAGACCCACAAGCACGCUGCCUCCACCUACCUCAUCGACCAGAUUGAACCGCCUCCUGAGUACGCUAGCCAGACGCCCUCGCAGCCCUCCAGCGCCGCCUACGAUCCCCAGGAGGACGAUUACGCCGAGGUCCUACGUAGGAACGCUUACAAUCACCAACUGGGUAAAGUGACUCCAAGGCCGCCCUCCCGUGCUACGCACUACAGCACCUCGCCAGAAACUCGUGGCUUCCUUAGCUUCUCCUACACGCCCUCCCCCACUGGUGUACCCAACGGCGCUGCCCAGUACCACGCCGGUGGUCCCUCCGUCACCCUAGGGCUUCACGACCACGGCUACCCGGCUGAUAUAGGAAACAUGAGUAUCGAGGGAAUUGAUCACGCCCACGCUCUGCAGUCGCUGGGGCUGGACUCCGACCCUCCUCCUUCCCUUGGGCUGGAGCAACACUCUAUCCCCUCAGAGCACCCCAGCCUCACGUUAGAUCCACACUCCAUCACCAUAGACCAUCCCGUCAUUGCCGUCACAGACUUCUCCAACAGAAAUGGGGACCUCAGAGUUCAGCCGACGAGCCUCUCUACAUUCAAUCCUAACCCAUCACCUUCCUCCUUCAGCGAGUCCGAUCUCGAGGGACAUUUGGUAUGACUGUAAGCAGGCCCGCUACCCAUAGGGAGGGCGGUAACCUGCUAAGCUACUUCUUCUCAGAGCUCCAGAGCAGCGCGGCAGUACCUGUGUGGAAGCGACCUAUGAUGCUUGCGUAUCUCCAGACUCCAGCUAUGAGGCACUUGGAUAAUGAGUCCUGGACAGACAGUCAGGUUCUGUGUGCGCUGGCCAGAUGAGAGAAAUCAAGCAUUCGUGACAUCAGGGAGAAUAUGUAGUUAUUCGCUAAUUUGCUUGAAAUAACCAAAGAAUUUUUCUGACCUUAAAAACUGCAUUUCAGUAACGCAUGUGUACUUUUAUGCGAAUAUAAAAGAAAUAUUGGCUUUAAUAUGCAUUUUUUUGCAUAAUCUAUGUAUGAAUUGUUGUACUGAUAUAGCGUGUGACCCUGUGUGUUGUGAACCAGUGUGUGAGGGAAGACAAGAGAGGUUGUUAUAAGUAAACACUUUUGUAUUAACGUGACAAGUCAGACCUUAUUAUACAAUAGCCAACUUUCCUACGAGAACCACGUGCAGGGAACAAUUUGUCUUCGUUAGUCGAUAAUGGAAGGCGUGAGUUGGCUGGAGGCCUGAAGGUGCAGGAUGCUGACAGAUGUGUUAAAUCUAGUGCUCUCAUGGUGCACUACACCACAGUACGUUGUUGCUCUUUUUCUCUUGUAGCGCCACCAAGAACUAGUGUUCCUCUAAGUUUCCUGCAAUGCUAAGAAGACUUGAUUUUUGCUCUCUUCCUACAUUAUUACUACAGACGGGCGUUUCUGACAUUUUCUUGCAGCAUCACAGAAAAGUGGCGUCUCGUUAUUUUUUGCAACACAAACAAGAAAGUGCUGCUUUAACUCCUUGCAUCAAAUCGAAGAACAAAUGCUGAUGGUUCCUUGCAACAAUUGAUAACUGUAAUUGUUGUUUGUUUUUUUGCAGAACCACGGAAACCCAUAGGACUUGACGAGUAUGUGUGUGUGAAAACUUUCCCCAUAAGACGAUGUUCAUGGCUAACUGUGAUGUACCUUCGCUUUCAACUUCCAAGUUUUUCUAUGAAUUACCAGUGAUGAGGCUGGUGCGAUGUUUCUUGUGUACUCAUUCUUAUAAAAACUCAUAGAAUGUUUUCCUAACAUGAAAGAGUGAAAUGUCCGCAUGAUACAGAAAAGAGUCCUAAAGUCAUGUCAUAAUUAUCCAAAAGAAAAUACUGUAUAAAUAACCGACUGUUUCAUAUAUAUAUAUAUAUAUAUAUAUAUAUAUAUAUAUAUAUAUAUAUAUAUAUAUAUAUAUAUAUAUAUAUAUAUAUAUAUAUAUAUAUAUAUAUAUAUCGGAAGUAAAUUUGAUACCCCGCCAAACUCACCCAGCAUUUUCCAGGAAGAAAUCCAGGCAGAUCCUUUUUCUCUUGCCGAGCUUCUCCAGGGGAUUAAAUCCUAAGGCUCCUCCCCCAGUUGCGACCCACCUGCGUGUCGACCUGGAGUGGCGCUGUCUAGUUUGUUGUAAUUGGAAGAAAUCCCCUGACUUAGCCGGUGACAUCAGUGCCGAAGCCCCAGAGAAGACCCGAGCGGCACCGGCUGCUUCAGGGAGGAGGAAGCAAGAUGAGAUGAGGAAAAAGUAUAGCUUGUGGACGAUCCAUCAAAUAUUACAGUGCUAAGGAGAAAACUUGAAGGGGAAGAACUGGCAUAUUCAGCAACCGGUUACCGAAGCAGAUGAAAUUUACAGUAGUGAUCAAAACAAAAAUUCACAUAACAAAAAGAUAUUGUCCGUGAUGAUCUGGUCAAAACUGGUGUCUUAUGAAUGAAGAAUAGAACUGAGGUUCGGAUAUCUUAGGGAGCACCCUGAAGACGGCCAGUCCUGGUGGCCUUGGUUAGUCUCAAGGUGCAAGGUCUUGUUACCCUUGCUGGAUGGAACCAAGUAAAGGCGUUUAAAGAUUAUUUCCGAGUAGUUAUAUUAACUAAAUUCCUAAUCUUUAUUUAUGUCUGCAUUUUUUGUAUUUCUAAAAGUCUGUUAAAAAUAGAAGAUUUAUUAUCAUGUCAUAAUAUUGUAUUUAUACUGUGAAUAAGAAAAAUAUUUAAAGUGUUGACAGCUAUUAAGAUAAUGAUUGCAAUAUUAUUUUUGGAGACUAUGGUAAGCUUUGUUGCUAUUACUAAAAUUCCUAUGUAUAUACAUAUUUAUACAUAUUUGUAUUGUGCUUGUACGACAGAGUUUAUCAAAAUUAUUGACUAUGUUGUGAGAAAGAACUUUCCGAUAACAUCUCAAGAAGCUGAGCAUUUUUCGAAUAUUUUCACUAUGAUAAAUAUUUGAAAUUAAGAAAUUAAAAACAGCUGAAAAUCCUCAAUAAA